GAAUCGUACUUCCGAUUGUGCGAGUAAGACCCAGAAAGAGUCAGUCUGAGAGAAGACAACUGCGAUGUUUGUUAAAGAAAGCUGGCAAAGGAAACUUCCAACUCUCGUUGCUAGAACCACUUCUAUUUUUAACGAUGAGUUACUGAGUGAUGUGAAAUUUGUCGUUCCAGAAUCGCUUGGUGAAAGCAAAAGUAAAAAGGUGAUCCCAGCUCACAAGUUUGUUCUUGCCAUCAGUAGUCCUGUGUUCUUUGCCAUGUUGCAUGGUCAAAUGGCGCGGGAGACUAAAGACUCUAUUGAACUGCCCGACUGUGAGUACGAGAGUCUGUUGGAGCUGUUCCGUUUCUUGUACAGCGACAAAGUCAAUUUAAGCGGGAAUAAUGUGAUGCAAGUGUUGUACUUGGCGAAUAAAUACAUGGUGCCUUCACUCGCUGAGAAAUGUUCAGAAUAUCUUUGCGACAACUUGACGGCAUGCAACGUGUUUUGUAUCCUAACGCAUGCUCAGAAAUUUUGCAAUCAAUCUUUAGAAGAUCGAUGCUGGGAAGUAAUUGAGCGGCAUACAAACGAAGCUCUUACGUCAGACGAAUUUGUUACAGUUGAGCGAUCUGUAGUUGAAUCUGUUGUGAAGAAGGAAGUGUUAAAUGUGAAGGAGGUGGAACUGUUCAAGGCUGUUGAUCGCUGGGCUACAAAAGAGUGUGAAAAGAAAAGUCCGAUGGCCCUCUCUAAUGGAGAACAAAAGAGACAAAUUCUUGGAGAUGAGAUCGUUAAAGCAAUACGGUUUCCACUGAUGUCAGAGAAGAUAUUUAUGUCUGUUGUGCUUGAUUCUCAAAUCCUUACUCUUUCUGAGGUUGAACACAUGAUCAAACAUUACAGCGGGGAUCUUCAGUUACCUUUGCCCUUUAUGGAAAGCGCGAGGGGUAAAACUGAUCAUUUCCGAUGUAACCGAUUUCAAAAGUUCAAUGCUCCGUGCACUGGAGGCGGUGGUGGGUAUUACAGUGUUACAGCCACAACCGCCGGUGGUUCUUGGUCUUACAAUGGUGCGACGGCUGACAGCAUCAAUUUUACGGUCAACAAGCCAAUCACCUUACACGGAAUUCAGCACUUUGGUUCUAAAGGUGGUGAUUACAUUGUUUCCACUAAUAUUAAAGAUACCACCCGCGACUCUUGUCUUGGAAAAGAAUCAGGAACUUACACCGCAGAAAAGGAAGUUAAAAACAAUUAUUAUGGCUUUGAUGUAUUGUUUGACCGUCCAAUUUCGUUGGAAGCAAACAAACAAUACACUUUAGUAUCUGCUAUCGAGGGUCCUUUGUCAUGGUAUGGAGCGGAAGGACAAAUGUCCGCUGAAUCAGGAGGGGUACAAUUCAGUUUCAGUGACUCAGACGAUGAUUCUAAUGGCACCUUAGUAACAAUCGGCCAGUUUCCAGUCUUCAUCUUCAGCUAAUUUCUGAGCACACUACUAAGUAGUUUCUCUUUUUAUUUUUUUAGUUUCAAUGAGUUCUUUCAUGUCAAAAGGGUUUGAAGACACGUUUUUUACGGUUAAAAGUAGUCGAAAGAAAGUCAUAGGCAAUCACCACCUUGAAAUUAAAAACUAAAUGCAUUUCAAACUUAUCAUGACCGGUCAUUUUUCUUAGUUUUAGAUUAAUGUAACUUUUUUUGCUUUAAAACGCACCAAAUGGUCGUUUGAUUCUGGUCCGUUUGAUUAACGUCAUCAGAAAACUAUUAAUAAAGUUGAUUGUAAGCCAUGUGAAGUGAGCGAUGUCUUGUUGAUCGUUCAAAUUCGAGUUAGUUCAGUACGCAAGUCGGCGCUUGAUGACCACGAGCACUGACUUUCAAGACUAGAUAAAGCAUUUAUUCAAGUUGUUAACGCAGGCAGGCAACCUUCCAGGUUUUUCUCAGGCCUCGUGAAGUUACUCAUUAGAUAUCAGCGGUAAUUGUUGUAAUUUGCAAUGGUCGAUCUGAACUUGA